UGCAGAUAAUAGAAAUUUUUAUCUGUCGUGCCUGUUAUCAAUGGCUCUUCGUUUCCGAAAUCGUUUUUUCUUGUCUUAAGUUAGACCUAGGUUAAAAUAGGUUUAGUGGGCUGAAACAUUGAUAACGUUUUUGCUAACUUGAUUAAAUUCUUCGUAAUUCAGGUGAUUUAAAAUGAUACUGAGAAACGAAAAACAAAUCGCUUGGUUUUCUGACACAUUUAUAGUGCGAUGGAAAACGUCAAAGUAAAAGAAAACCAAAACAUUAAAUUAUUAGUAGUGUAUGAUAAUAUUUACCUAAACAACUCGAAAAACCUUCUUUUAGAUUUCUAUAAAAAAUAGUGUAUAAAAAAAUUAUAACAAAAUCAGAGCAUAAUGAAUCUUGGAGGAUCAAUUCGAAUUAAUAAACUAGGUAUAUUUAUCAUAGUAAUAAUGUUUGUUGGAUUCGUAUACUACUUGUCAUCUGGAAAGUCACACAAUAAUAACUACACUUUAAACAAAAAUCCCAACGAAGUAAAUUUGCGCAAGCUUCUAAUUGGAUCAAUUCAAGCAGCGCAACAGGGCGGUAUUGAAGUUGUGGAAGUGUCUAAAAGCGCCGAUUUCAAAGUUCAAAACAAAGGUAAAACGAAUGAAGGCGCUAAUGAUCCCGUAACAGAUGCCGAUUUUCGCUCUCAUUGUGUGAUGGUUGAUGGUUUACAUCGAAUCUUUCCGAAAAUAAAAAUCAUCUCUGAGGAAGAUGGAACAAAACGUAAUUGCCCUGAUGCGAAAUUAUUCGAUCUCGAUCCAACAGUGGUACAGGAAAAUUCAAAUAUUCCCGAUUAUAUCGUGGAUAUCAAUGAUGUGACUGUUUGGAUAGAUCCACUUGAUGCAACUCAAGAAUAUACAGAGAAUCUAUUUCAAUACGUCACAACCAUGGUUUGUGUUGCUGUUAAAGGAGUCCCGGAGAUAGGAGUUAUUCACAGUCCGUUUGCCAAGAAAACCAUUUGGGCAUGGAGGCAAAAGGUUGUGUCAGAGCCGUUGGAACUUUUGAAAAGAGACGAGGAUGUUAAACAUCCUGUUGUUAUUGUUUCGCGUUCCCAUAGUGGAGAGGUUAAAAGCAUUGCGAAGAAAGUUUUUGGUGAAAACACUCACAUCAUUCCAGCAGGCGGAGCAGGAUAUAAGGUACUUCAAGUAUUACAUAACAACGCUACGGUUUACAUCCACUCAACUGCUAUAAAGAAAUGGGAUAUUUGUGCAGGAAAUGCGAUUCUUUCCGCAGUGGGCGGCAAAAUGACAGACUUAAAAAAUCAAAAUAUAUUGUACAAUGACAAAGAUGCGUUUGUCAACGAAAAUGGACUGCUUGCAACGGUUGCGGAAAGCACUCAUGAACAGUAUAUUAGAAAAAUUAUUGAGUAAUAGUUAUUCCUUCAGUAAUCGUAUGUUUUAUCACUUGAAAUAUUUCACAUGUUUGAUUUGAAAUGCUCGUUUUUUUUAGAUCUGUUUGUGAUAAUAUGAAUAAAUCUUGUGUUAUUGCAAGUAACAAGUGAGCUAUGAAA